CCUUAGCCCCGCCCGCCGGUGUUGACUUGGAGCCACCGGGAGAGGGUCGACGAAUCGAGCUCAUCCACAGCGUGUGUUUCCGUGCUGAAAACGUUUCAAGGCGAGGCAACCGCUGAACGCUGAGGACCGCAGUGAACGUAGUUUUUUUAGCCCCAGCAGAUCCAGGGAGAGGAACCUGUUUGUUUUUCCCGCUGCAGGUGAAAGACAAUGGAGGUGAAAGGCAAACAGCAGGACGAAGACAUCUCAUUCAGCAACACUGACACUAAUGGUAAGCGCCCAGCUGAGGACAUGGAUGAGGAGCAGGCCUUCAAACGUUCACGCAACACAGAUGAGAUGGUGGAGCUGCGAGUGCUGCUUCAGAGCAAAAAUGCCGGUGCUGUUAUUGGAAAGGGUGGCAAGAACAUAAAAGCCCUGCGCACAGAUUACAAUGCCAGUGUAUCAGUCCCAGACAGCAGUGGCCCAGAGCGGAUCCUGAGUGUGAAUGCCAGUAUCGACACUAUUGGAGAGAUUCUGUUGAAAAUCAUACCGACUCUUGAAGAGUACCAACAUUACAGUGGGAUUGAUUUUGACUGUGAGCUUCGGCUGCUGAUCCAUCAGAGCUUGGCAGGGGGCAUCAUCGGAGUGAAAGGUGCCAAGAUAAAGGAGCUAAGAGAGAACACCCAGACCACCAUCAAGUUGUUCCAGGAGUGCUGUCCACACUCGACAGACAGAGUCGUCUUAGUUGGAGGAAAGCCAGAGCGCGUCGUUGAAUGUAUAAAAGUUAUAUUGGAGCUGGUGUCAGAGGCACCGAUCAAAGGUCGCGCCCAGCCUUAUGACCCUAACUUCUAUGAUGAGACGUACGACUACGGUGGCUUUACUAUGUUAUUUGAAGAGAGGGGCAGACGACCAAUUGGUGGCUUCCCCAUUCGUGUUCGUGGCGGUUUUGAGCGCAUGCCUCCCGUUCGUGGCAGCAGGCCCAUGCCUCCCUCCAGAAGGGAUUAUGAUGACAUGAGUCCCAGACGAGGGCCUCCGCCACCACUGAGCAGAGGACGAGGGGGAAGUCGUGCUCGUAAUCUGCCUCUGCCCCCGCCACCACCACCAAGAGGAGGAGGUGACAGGUUUUCACAUGGCAGCUAUCAUGGUAGCAUGGAUGACAGACCAAGUGACAGAAGAGGCAGAGGAGACCGUUAUGACAGCAUGAGUGGAGGUGGAUAUGACAACAGUUCUUCCUGGGAUCACUUUCAGUCUGGCGGCAGAGGCUCGUACAGUGAUAUCGGAGGUCCAGUCAUCACAACACAAGUCACCAUCCCAAAAGAUCUGGCAGGCUCCAUCAUUGGUAAAGGCGGUCAGAGGAUCAAGCAGAUCCGCCAUGAGUCUGGGGCAUCCAUCAAGAUUGAUGAACCACUAGAGGGCUCUGAGGACCGCAUCAUCACCAUCACAGGGACACAGGACCAGAUCCAGAAUGCCCAGUACUUGCUGCAGAACAGCGUGAGGCAGUACUCAGGUCGGUUCUUCUAGGAAGAAAAGAGAAGAAGCAGAAGAGUGAAGCCAUGCUGCCAUACUGUUUGUUCCUGCUAUUCAGAGCCUACAUUCCUCUGCUUUGGGUAGACAUGCCCCUUCCACACAAACACACACACACACUACACCGCCUAGCUGUGUUGCAGUUUUUAUUUUGACAAAUCUUAAGCUGUCAAACAGCAGUCAACAAGUUUUUCUGUGCUGGUGUGAUUACUUUUAAGAGAUUCUUGUGCCGUCACUGGAGUAAACCCAUCUGUGUGAUGACUUUCGGUGUUGUGAGAGCCAACCUCUGGCCCUUGUUUCUUUUAUUUCAGUACAGCAUGCAGAAUGUAAUAGUUUUGUUUGAAUCAUUAUGUUUGUUUGAUUUAUUUUUUUUUCUUUCCCUUAAAGUUUUAAGCACACUUUCCAAAUGAAGAUGCAUGGUGUUGGAAUGGUUCAAAGCCUUUUGAAUAAACUUCAGUUUUUACACGACCUCCAACACCUUUUUUCUCACUGUUAAAUGAAGUAAUGAAGUGCUUUCUUUCUUUUUCUUUUUUGAAUGAUGGGGUUCAGUGAGAUUGUUUGGGAAAUGAAUUUAUUUAUGUCUAUUACGCUAAAGUAGAAAGCAGAGAAGAAUUGAGAUGCCAGCCUCAUGUCUGGAGGGUCAGUAUGAAGCUAGCACCACAGCCUGUUGGCUUACUCUAGCACAAAAGUGAAUGCAUGCAGCAGAAAUUCCACCCAUCAGUCCACAGAUGAACAUGCUGUAUCUUGUUGUUGUUUAUGUUGUACAGAAAGAAGCUAAAAUGUACUUUUGGCCUUCCUCUCAGCACAAAUAAUAUCUGCUUGUAACCCAUCGGUGCCUAUUUUAGAAACCUUUCAGUUUAUAAUUGUACUGUGGGUGUACUUUCUAAUCCGUGAUGGUGCUAGCUUCAUAUUUUAUCAGGCAGGAAAUAAAUAAAACCUAUUUCCCAAAAUAUCUUUUCUUUUUUUUUUUUUUUAAGUCGGGAUACUUGUGCCAGUGCGGUAUGCAUAAAGAAAGUUUUAAGAUUUUUUUUUUUUGUGUGUAAUCGUCUUUCUUUGAAAGGCAAAAAGCUGUAUAAAGUGUGUAUAUAUUUACAUAAAAAACCAGUAAUUUUAUGAGUGUUUAGAACGGCCCAGAUUACUUAAUACUUUGGGGCCAAAAAACAACAAGAACAACAAAAAAAGACAGAUUUGGUCAUCUUUAGUUGUCCAUUAUUUCUUUUCUACCACUCACAGGGAUGGACUCGCUGAAAUCUUCCAACCUUAAGAGCUGAUCAGUUGGAUCCAUUUUAUUCUUGCAUUUUUUAUUUUUUAUUUUUUAUUUUAAUUUUUGGAGAAGGAUUUUUAGAGUUCUGUGAAUUGAUUUCUUAAGAUACUUUCCCCCCCCUCUUUUCUUUGCAGUUUGAUGUCAAGGGAUUUGUGAGUCCAGGAGUGGUGAUUUUUCUGUGUAGUACUUGCAGGUGUUUAGUAAAUAAAGUCUGUGUCACAGCCCAC